AGCAGGAAGUCCUCCUCUGUGGGGAGAAACAAGUGCAUGAGUUUGAGACUGGAGGCACAUACCAGGGAUGCAAACUGGAGGGCCCAAAAAGGCGAAUGACAACACCACCACGGCCCUCUUCCUUCAUCGCAGCUGGUUACAAACGCUCUAGAAAAGUGGUUUGUAGCUAGAGAAUACUUCAUUUAUGUGCCACUGGGAGCGACAGGAGGAUGGCAGAUGACAAGGACGUGCUGCGGGAUGUUUGGUUUGGUCGGAUUCCGACCUGCUUCACACUUUACCAGGAUGAGAUCACAGAGCGAGAGGCCGAACCCUUCUAUCUCCUCCUGCCAAGGGUGAGCUACCUGACUCUGGUCACAGACAAGGUGAAAAAACACUUCCUGAAGGUCAUGAAGGCCGAAGACGUAGAGGAGAUGUGGUUUGAUUUCGAAGGAACGCCACUCAAAUGGCACUAUCCAAUCGGAUUGCUGUUCGACCUACAUGCCUCCAACACUGCCCUGCCAUGGAGUAUCACUGUGCACUUUAAGAAUUUCCCAGAGCGUGACCUGCUCCACUGCCCCUCGAACUCUGUGAUCGAGGCCCACUUCAUGUCCAGCAUCAAGGAGGCGGAUGCCCUCAAACACAAGAGCCAGGUCAUCAACGACAUGCAGAAGAAAGACCACAAGCAGCUGUGGAUGGGCCUGCAGAACGAUAAGUUUGACCAGUUCUGGGCCAUGAACCGUAAGCUGAUGGAAUACCCCACAGAGGAGGGAGGCUUUCGCUACAUCCCCUUCAGGAUAUACCUGACGAUGAGUGACAGGCCAUUCAUCCAGAAGUUGUUUCGCCCCAUCUCGUCCGACGGCUACACACACACGCUGGGGGAUCUGCUGAAGGAGGUGUACCCCGUGGCCAUAUCCAGCGACGGGUCAAGCCACAGGAGCCAACCCCUCUCCAGAGAUGGCAGACUACAGGGGUUCUACUCCAGAAAAGGAGGUGACCUCAUACAGGGAAGUGGACUGUAUUCCCCUGGAUGCUGAUCCACUUACAUGGUGGAAGACCAAAGAGUUAAUAUACCUUCAUGUUGCCAUGUUAGCAAGGCGCUACCUGGCUGAGCCUGGGACCUCUGUCCCUAGAGAGAUGGUAUUCUCCACAGCUACCUGGCUGAGCCUGGGACCUCUGUCCCUAGAGAGAUGGUAUUCUCCACAGCUACCUGGCUGAGCCUGGGACCUCUGUCCCUAGAGAGAUGGUUUUCUCCACAGCUACCUGGCUGAGCCUGGGACCUCUGUCCCUAGCGAGAUAGUAUUCUCCACAGCUACCUGGCUGAGCCUGGGACCUCUGUCCCUAGAGAGAUGGUUUUCUCCACAGCUACCUGGCUGAGCCUGGGACCUCUGUCCCUGGCGAGAUGGUAUUCUCCACAGCUACCUGGCUGAGCCUGGGACCUCUGUCCCUAGCGAGAUAGUAUUCUCCACAGCUACCUGGCUGAGCCUGGGACCUCUGUCCCUGGCGAGAUGGUAUUCUCCACAGCUACCUGGCUGAGCCUGGGACCUCUGUCCCUGGCGAGAUGGUAUUCUCCACAGCGGCUGACAUUGUCACAGUAAGCCGAUCUGUGCUCACUGCAGAUCAUGUGGAAAGACUAAUCUUCUUAAAGAAAAACUUGAAAAUCUGAUUAAUUUAAAAAAAAUGUAAAGUAAUCAGUCUCAAGUGGUCUUAUUUUGUUUAAGUCACUGCUAUGUAACUUAAUUUUGAUAUAUGCUGCUGGACUAUGCACUGUUGUUGAAGUUCUGUUUUAAAUUACUAUUUUUUUUCAUGUUUUAAGGCAGGCACUGUUGUUUUUUGUUGUCCCUUUGUUUCCAUAUGCUCCUGGGAAUUCAAGCUACCCAUGUUUACUAUUAUAAUAAAUGGAAAAUAUAAAUACAAAUUACAUAUUUCUCAGGCAUUUAUUUUGUCGAUGUAUCGAAACCGUACCGAACUGUGAGUUUUGUGAACCAUUUCACCCCUACUGUUUACAGUAUUUUGGAAAAACUUCCUGAAAUAAACAAAAUCCAAUGAUGUAAAUAUUUAUAUUUAGUCCAUUGGGACUUUUUCUCCGGCCCAUCUGAGUACAUGAAAAGUUUUGUAAAAUGCACUCACGAACAGGGCCUAAAAUUCACUUUUUGGUCCACCAGUCACUGUGUUAGGUAGAUUUUA